AUGUCAAAAAAAACAGUGAACAGUGACAAGCUGGCGAUUUCGCUGGAGAUCGCAACUCUUGCUGACGGUCUCGCUGAUGGUCUCACUAGAGGUUGUUUUGCUGGAAGUUGUGCUAAUGGUAUUGCUGCCGGUCUCGCUGGUGAUUUUGCUGUCGAUCACGGUGAUGGUAUCGCUGGAGAUCUCGCUGACGGUUUUUCUGGGAGUCUUGCUGGAGAUCACGCUGACGAUCUUUCUGGGAGUCUUGCUGGAGAUCACGCUGACGAUAUUUCUGGAGGUCGCGCUGGUGAUCACGCUGACGGUCUUUCUGGAAGUCUCGCUGGAGAUCACGCUGCCGAUCUUUUUGGAGAUCUCGCAGGAGAUCACGCUGAAAGUCUCACUGGAGAUCAGGCUAGCGAGGGGGUCAGCGGGACCUCCAGAAAGACAGUCAACGUGAUCACCAGCAAGACCUCCAGAGAGAUCGUCAGC